AUGGAAGUGGUCAAGUGCUGGAAAUGCGAGCUACCCUCUGAAAUAACAAUCCAGGCGUCGGGCUUCUUUUGCUCCAGCUGCUUUGUCGAGUACUUCAGGCAGAAAUAUCGAAAGAUCAUCGGUGCGUCAAAGCUUAUACGAGACAGAGACCUGGUCGUGUUCGCUUUUGACGGAAGCGCGUCUGGCUGUGCAAUGCUCAACGUUAUUUCCACUUUCCAGCAGCACUUUGCCAAAGCUAACUCGGAGAAUAUGAAUUAUAAAAGGAAGAAUCGCUACAUCACGAAGGCUCUUCAUAUGACGGAUUCAUGCAACGAAAGAGUUAAAACAGCAUUAGAAUCAAGUGGAAUUGAGUAUGUAGUUUUCUCUCCAUCUGAAGAAAUGAAAGAAAAAUAUGAGAAGCAAUGCUUCAAGAUCGAGAGAUUCGGAGACGAGACGGAAAAUGAAUUCAACAAGAAAAGUCUCCAAAUGGAGCUACUCGUGGACAAGGCGAAAGAAAUGAAUGCUCAGUUUCUCAUGCUCUCGUCGCAUGUUGAAAGCCUAGCGGCGAAAACACUGAGCGUCGUGAGUCUUGGAUUGGGAGAGGAGAUACAAGCUACUGCUGGUCUUUGCCACACUUACAAUGGGCUCAGGAUACUUAAGCCGUUCCGAGAGAUGACGAAGAAGGAAAUUGAUUUCUAUGUUAAUGCCACCUGCGGAGAAGGUAUUUUACCAGAAGAAAACAAAGAAGAAGAAGAUCAAUCAAGUAUCAAAAGUAUACAGUCCUUAGCGGCGAAGUUUUUGUCCGAUUUGAAUAGUCAAGGAAAGGACUCGAAUCCAAGCGCAAUCGUUAGACUUUCAAAUAAACUGAAAAUGAAAAGCUGA